UUGACUUUCCCUGAGCCAUAACAGCUAUACAAGAUGAUUCGGCAAAGUCUGAUUUUAACAAUUUUUCUCAUCACAUUUGCGACUCGCGCUGCAAUACUAGACCAGGAGCCACCUGUGUUCACGUACUGUCCAAGUGACAUAGUAAUAGAUGAUGUUACAACACCUGAACACAGCGUUGAAUGGCAGGAGCCUACAUUCACGGAUAAUUCAGGCGUGUCGCCAUCAGUAAGUUCCAACAGGCAGUCUGGAUCCCUUUUCGCUGUUCCUGGCUCGUAUGAAGUGCUAUAUGUGGCCAUAGAUGCGUCUGGAAACGAAGCAACCUGCAGCUUUCGAAUAACCUUGAAACGCAAAAUUUGCCCACUGUACGCACCCCCUAAGAACGGAGCAUUAGCUUGUUACAAGACGGAUGGCGUGGCUUAUAUCUGUGCUGCGAUGUGCAAGAAUGGGUCCGACUUUGUAUUCAAUCCUCCUAUGCUGUAUUUUUGUUCAUCCGGACAAUGGCAAUUCUAUGCCUUGCCUCCGCCAUUCCCGUACUCGAAACAGCUUCCAUGGCCUGAUUGCUCAAACACCGCAAACCAGUCUUACAUUAAAGAGUAUGGAUAUCCCUACUUUUUCUUUGAUGGUGAUGCAAAUGAUCCUGACGUCCAAGCCGUCAUAAAGACGAAUUACAUUUCCUUGUUGACCUCUCCUCUGGUCCCUCCAUUCUUCUGUCUGCCGGAGGAACAAUGCAAAGCGGAUAACGUAGAAGCCUUUGCUGGCUCCUCAGUUUGAAGUAUCAGCUCAGAAGCACGUUGAAGCACAACUGGUGAAACUGGACGUUGCAAGAAUCUACUGCAUCGAUUCUAGAAUAUAAUUUGAUGUACUUGCGACAGAAAUAAAUGUCCUUUGCUCUGAGAGGUCUCCUUUGAAUUUGUUUGUUACCGUGUUAGUCGUCACACACAACCAUUCCAUGCAAAGACUCUCAUUAGAUAAUUUAAUAAAUUUAUGAAAAGUAAAGUGUUUGGGAAUCUUUGAAAAGUCGCCAGAAACCUUCUGCACUAGUCUGAUCCAGCAUCUCGAAACACGGCGCUUCCUCGCUUUGCAUUGCAAGUUUAACUUUGUUAAAACCCCUGGUAAUUGGAAUAAAUUGGAGAGUAUCUUAGAGUUGUUGUGGCCCAAUAUUAUUAUGAUGACAGUUGUGACUGAUGGAGUACUAUCGAAGACGAAUUCAAGUCAUUUGAGUGUUGAAAGGUUAUGCAGAUAAGAUUGGCAAUUAUUUCAGUAGUCAUCAUUACGUGUAAUUACUACGUUCGUUUAGAAGUGAAAUCAACAUUUAUAACAUA